CGACACGGUCAGUCUCCACAGGCACUGGCAGAAGAUGGGGACGAGGACGAGUAGUAAAACUAGUAGCGCAACGAUUUCUACUAGUACUUCUACGCUGGAUCAAACUAUUAGCUCCGUUCUUGGGGCCACGACGACGUCCACUGAUGUGCCUAAUGCUGCUUCCGAAAGCGAAAGAACUGUCGUGCCCCUGGUCGUGAAGGCGUUGCGCGCCAAACUGGAGCAGAUCCAAAACGAGGAAGGGAGGCAGAUUGUGUCUGUCAUCGACUUUGAAUCGCAGGUGAGCAAGCGCGACUCGAUCCUGUCCUUGACGCAGUCUUACUUUUCCAACUUUUCCGCCAAGGGGCUAACACCGAAUAGGCCACCAGAAAUGUCGUCGAGUGGUGCGACGUCGAAUGCGGCGGGUGG